CCCACUCCGCUCCCGCGUCUUGAUUGGCCGCCUUGGCCGAAAUCCUCUUGAAUGAUUUCAAACCCGAGAGUUUGGACGGGAAGGAGGGGGGUCGGCUGCUAAUUCCGAACUGGCUGGCUGGAAAGCGCUUUCAAUCCUCCGUCCACCAACAACAGCACCUCAGUAAAGAGGCUUAUCCGAGCAGGGUUGUUGAAAGGCUUUUGGGGAAACGCGUUCAGGAGAGCAUCGCCGGGUUGGACAGUGGAGCUUUUUAAGGUGUCUUGUUUACGCUUUUUUUUUUCUUCUUCUUCUUGUUGCUCAUAUUAUCUUUUAUCCAGCAGUUGUGUGUUUUUUUGCGUGUUUCUGUGCACCAUCAUUUGAAUGGAGCGAUGUCCAGCGGAGUCGGUGCACAUUGCAAUGGGACGCGGUUUGUUGUGCUGACAUGACUAUCAGACAGGACCUGAUUGAGAAUCUCUGGUAAUCGAUUUAAAAUCACGUGUGUUCUGGUUUGACGGAAUGUAAAUAUUUAGCAUUUUUUGGGAGAUUCAUAUAGGAUUUUUCGAGGGCAUUCAGUUCAUGCACGGGCUGCCAUAGCGUCACAUUAUUUUCAUUUUCUUUACGGCCUGUUGAAGCGGAGGGCAAAGAGAUACUUUCAUAUUUUGGACAAUGUGUUUCCACACUAUUCCGCAACUAAGGCUUGGUUAGCUUUGACUGUCAUUUUUUCGAGCCACCCGUUUAAAGAUCUGAGACUCAAAGCCAAGACAAGUCAUGGCUAAAAAUCCAUCCGAGGGACAGAAGGAUGAGCUGAGCCAGCUGACGGACGAGGAGCUGCUCCGGUGCAGCAAAGAGGAGCUGGUCCGGAGAUUAAGGAGGGUGGACGGUGAGAAGAUGAACUUGAUGAUCGAGCAUGGCAACAUGAUGAAAGACAUCAACCGGCGGCUGCAGGUGCACCUGCACGAAAUCCGAAGCCUGAAGGAGAUCAACCAGAAGCUGCAGGACGACAACCAGGAGCUCCGAGAGCUGUGCUGCUUCCUGGACGACGACCGACAAAAGGGCAAGAAGCUGUCCCGGGAGUGGCAGCGCUUCGGCCGGUACACGGCCAGUGCCAUGUGGAAGGAGGUGGGGACCUACAUGAUGAAGUUGAAGGAGCUGGAGGCCAACCAGGACACCGUGUUGAGGGAGAACUCUGAGCUGAAGGAGAUUAUCCUCAUGCUGGACGAGGAGAGGAACGGAGCAGGCUCCAGAAGCUCCAUAGACAGUCAGUCCAGUUUAACCAACCUGAACGGGGGCACCGGCACGGUCCGGGAUGUUGGAGAUGGUAGUAGCACGUCCAGCACAGGUAGUGCUGGUAGCCCCGACCACCACAACCACAACCACAACCACAUACUCAAGCCCAGCACAGAGAACGGAAAGGUGGGCCCCACCAUGAGGAGGUCCAUGGAUGACCUGUCAGCACCUCACCAUAGGAGCAUCCCCAAUGGACUUAAUGAUUCCUCCUCCAACUACAUCAGGCAGCUGGAGACGAAAGUGCGGAUCCUCGAGGACGAUAACAACAAGCUUCUCACACAGGCUCAUAACCGCUAUAGUUUAUCACAGAUACAGACGAAAGAGCAGUGUAACCCAGGUGACCUCCGUGCCCUGAGGAAGGGGAUGACCCUCUACCACUCCGAGUCCCAGCUGUCCUCACUGCCACAACGCCAGGACGCCAUGCACAUGGGAACCGGUCGUCUCCCUACCAGCGAGUCCUCUCCUGCCACAGGCUACCUGUCCUGCGUCCAAAAGCCUGAGGCCGUGGUGCACGCCAUGAAGGUGCUGGAGGUCCACGAGAACUUGGACAAGCAGGUUCCCGAGGACUAUGAGGACGACCUGAGCGAGAAAGAGAAGGCCAUCGUGCGAGAGAUGUGCAACGUGGUGUGGAGAAAGCUGGGUGAUGCAGCAGGAUCAAAGCUGUCCAUCAGACAGCACCUCUCUGGGAACCAGUUCAAAGGGCCUCUGUAGCACAUCAUCCAGAGCGAGCGAGCAAGAGAGAGAGAGAGAUCAGGAUUUACAGUACCUACACUCACCUGAAAACACCUCAUUCUACCUGCGCCUACACAACCCAUCAUGCCAUGCUCCCUACUGCCUACAGCACCCAGCAUUCCUUCAACAAAAGACUGGCUAAGAAAGCUACCACAUGGACCUGUUAGUCAAACAUGUUUUUAUCUCAGAGCUUAUGAAGCGUUGACGACUGGCAGCUAGUUUCACCGAUACACCACUUCUCUUUGUUGAUUUUAAAGCUUCCUGCAACACAAUGAUCUCUCUCUGUAAAGGCUAUAAACACACACACACACACACACCCCUUUGAGCCCUUUAUAGCAUAGCUGUGCUACACUAAGCUAGCGAUGUGACAUGGUUUAAAGCACAGACCUGAAGAGGCUGCGGGGGCAGAAAUCUCGACACUUGUUGCCAGGACGUGAAGGCAUCUUCAGAUACGUCUUGAUAGUACCUCCUGUAGAGACCCUAGCUCCUGUCACAUGUAUUGCCCCCUAGUGGUCAACGCGUAUACCUAGCAUUAGCAUUCUAAAGUGUUAAACCCACUGUGACCUAGCGCCUUUUGCUCAUCAGACAAGUCUAUGGAUUAUAAAGUCUAGAGAUCACUGUUAACUUGUGUAUAUUAUGUAUAAAACCAUAGCACUACUUCAUUGUUAUUGUUGAUUUUUCUUUUAUCUAUUUUGUAUUCUAGCGUGGCCAUGUGAUCAAUUAUUUAGUUUGAAUCGUGGACCUUAAACAGGGUUUGCUUUUGGUUAAAAAAAAAAAAAAAACACCUUUUUUUUUCUUUUCCUGAUUAAUUGCUAUUCUUCUUUUUGUCUGUAACCUCUGAAAAUGUUUCACGGCCAUUCUGAAUCAAACCAUCUCCAUGGGUUAAUUGAUAGAUCAUUUUCUUACUUAAUGAAAUUAAUUCAAAUUGUAUGCUGUGUGCAUGCUUGACAAUCAUUUUCUCAGGUUGGGAGGGCUACAGCUUUACUUUUGCCCAUGUGUGCGUGCGUGUGCAUGCGUGUGCGUGUGUGUGCGUGUGUGUGCGUGUGUGUGUGUGUGUGUGUGUGUGUGUGUGUGUGUGGAGACUGAAUGGUUCUCUUACAGCUGUAGCAUCAACCUGUGAAUCCUCUUUUUCUCUCUUGAACCCUGGUUACAACUCUGUUGAAGACUGCUGAAGGCGUUUGCUGAAUCCAUACAAAAUGAUGAUUCCCAGUGAUGAUAAAAUCAUAGAUAAAUAUAAAAGUUCAUGGCCAAUAGCUGAUGUCUACCUUCAGUUUGUAAGGCUUUUUUGGAUCACAGAUGAAAAACAGUCACUCCACUUAAGCACAGUCCUUUUCUCUGGUCUUGGAUUCAGCAGGUGUGUUUAUGCAGCGCAUGUUUCUUAAAGUUGAAUUUUGUUUCAUAGAAUAUGAGAGAUAAGUCUUCCCUUAGGUGUCUCCUGAAAACACUAACAUUUAAAAACGAGUAUUUCUUGAUGUCAGAAUGAGCAAACACUGUUUGUCAAAGUAUUUAUUGCCGGGUGUUAGAUAGAGAUGGGAGCGCUAUCAGUGACUAAUCAGUCCUAUUUUAGAUUGAUCAGAUUGACUGAAGCUGUAAAGAUUUUUCAUAGACACGUUUAGUGACUGAAAGCUCCAGCUCUCCCAUCUCUAGUGUUAUUUGUUCCAAAUUAGAACAUUUUAAGGCUACCUGCCAUGCACCUCUCUUCUUUCAAAUGAUGGCUCAAAAAUAAAUCAAAGUAUGGUUUUUUUAAAGUGUCCUUUUUUCUAGGAACUAAUUUGAAGCCAUGAAACAAUUUUGAAUACUUUAUAAAAAAAAAAAAGGCAUUUGAUUUAAAAUGUGCCACAUUUUUUCUGCAUGGUGUUUUGAUUUGGAACUCAGCUGUCUUUUUCAUUUUUUAACAUCUAGAGUGUUUCUUUUCUUUCUGCCUAAAUGCUAAAACCACAGUACCGAGUCCUAGAACCUACAGAGUAAAAGUCAAUUCCUGUAGUGACUAGCAUGGCUGUGACUUCAUUUUGUGAACUUCACUGAUGAGAGGAAUAUUCGGCAGGUGAAAGAGGAAAUGAAAUAGGCCACUUUUAGAAAAAUUUGGGAGAAAAUAAACAAAGUUGGUUACCAAA